CUAAAUGGGAUAAUGGGAGUAAUUCAAAUUCAAACUAACUAACUAAACUCUAUCAUUAACAAGUACUCCAAACGCCAUUAAAAUUAGAUUAGUACGACUGUAAAACAAACAACCGCCAUAAAUCAAAGAGGUUAUCACAGGCAAAGAAAAUGAUUCAUGGAGUUGCCAUACCAGUACGGAUGAGGUUUACAGCAGCUCAAAAUCUUCCUCCUUCAAUGGCUCCCGAUUUUUCUCACUCUUCUACUCACCUUCCUUCUCGUCGCUCUGAUCUCGUUUUCAUCGUCAAUCCUCAAGGGGCAAAUGGUAAAACUGCGAAAGAAUGGAAGAAACUUUUGCCAUAUUUGAGGUCUCGUCUUUCUUCUGAUUGCAAUAUAUGUGAGUCUUUUACAUCAGGUCCCUUCCAUGCUACUGAUAUAACAAGAGAGGCUAUCCGGGAGGGUGCAAAUGCUGUAGUUGCCGUGGGUGGUGAUGGAACCCUUCAUGAGGUCGUGAAUGGCUUCUUUUUUCAAGGGAAACCUGUUUCUAGCAAAGUUGAAAUGUCUGCUCCUACAACUGCACUUGGUCUUAUUCCCUUGGGCACUGGUUCUGAUUUUGCCAGAACAUUUGGCUGGAAAAAUGACCCUUACGAGGCUGUUGAGCGCAUAGCUAAAGGGCUGAGAUCGCGUAUCGAUGUUGGUGUCAUAACAAAUGAGAAUAGAGAACCACAUUAUUUCAUAAAUGUUGCUGAUAUUCACUUGAGUGCAAAGGCAGGCUACUAUGCUUCCAGGUAUAAAACUUUUGGAAACUUAUGCUACGUCAUUGGAGCCUUGCAAGCCUUCAUGGGGCACGAGAAUGUAGAUCUCAGGGUGAAGAUUGAUGAUGGUGAAUGGAUGAAGUACCCUCAAGUUACUGCUCUAUGCAUUGGAAAUGCAAAAUAUUUUGGUGGUGGCAUGAAGAUUACCCCCAAUGCAGACCCUUCUAAUGGAAAUCUCGAGGUUGUGUUCCUUCAGGAUUUCAAGUGGUAUGACUUCAUUCUGAAUUUGCACAAGUUGUAUAACGGGACACAUCUAUCACUUAGAAAUGUAUCAUCCAAAAGUGUACGUUCCAUAGAGGUGGAGCAAAUUGAGAACAAUGGCACCAUCUUUAUUCAGUCUGAUGGAGAACAUUUAGGUUUCCUGCCCAGAAAAAUACGCAUUUUAGCAGGUGCUAUCGAGAUGCUGACAUGAUUUUCCUAGAAUAUCGGUGCAUAACUCCUACGUCGGGACAUGCUGAAGUCCACAUAUCCAUGUAUAUGAAAUUUUGAUCCGACUUUCUCGUACCAUUCUACCCCUUGCCAUUCCGUGUAUCAUAACUUCUUUCUCUUUUGCUUGAGCCUUGCUUUUUUGUAGAAGCUAGAUUAUCAAAGGUGGACAUACUGAAGGACAAACUAUUGGAAUGUCCCAAGUUACUGUUCUACUGGAGCUGUUAAGAUUAGAAGUUCUGUAGUUUUUUUUGAGACUACUAUUGUUUUUUAUUCUUUUACUUUUGUUGCUACUUUCCAGGAAUUCAAUGUAAUCUGUUGGUUAGACUCAUAUGUGACAAAUUUCAUAUCAGGUUUCCGGUGAUUUUUUUAAUGUGGAUGUUAAAUCCAAGUAUUAAUGUGUUGGAGUAUGGAGCGUUUGGGAGAUUGACUUUCAUAUGAUCACACGUGUUGAGUGUUAAGAUCAUGUAUGCAUUCGAUGUGAGUAUGAUUACUACAAUAUUUCAUUACUCCAAUGUCAUUAAGUGACUCCUGCCUAGAGUGAAGAUUGAGAUUAAGUGUACGUGACUUUACCCUUAUUAUUACAAAGAGGUUUCCAAUUGUGCGUUGAUGAUUCAAGGUGCUAUAUGAGCUAAGUGCACAAGCAAUCUUUAUGGCACGUUUCUCACAAGCGUUGAGUGGGCCAAUGAGAGAAACUAGCAAGAUUCAUUAGAGUGCUCGAUGAGUCUCGGUGGUGCACUGGUGCUGUCUCAGAGUCAUUGAUUGCUCAAUAAAUCGAGUGGAUGUUGGUUAGUUGUCAAGGGUCAAGCCCCAGCUUUUGUAAUACUAAAAGUUAGACCUAAUAAGUAGGCAAACCUAUUAGAAACAAAUUUUGCUGAUAAUUUUCAUUUCAGUUAGUCUAUUGAGAGACAGUGUCUUUUAAUGUAUCAAAUUCACUAGGUUUGGUUUUAAAUCCUGAUAAAUUUGAUGCAUUGUUUAACUUCACAAUGACCUUAAAUUCUUUUAUAAUCUCAUACAUUUGAUACAUUUUAUUCACAUAUUUCAUUCAUAA